AUGCCUGGAAUUGUAAUGGAUAGAAAUACUGGAUCUACCAUUGGUACCACACCACAUGGCCGAUGGAUUGAUCAACAGCAAUAUCUUGUUGAAACAUAUCGUCAGAUUCGUACAAAUUUAGGUCAGUUAGAAGCUGAAAUAGAAGCUGCACGAUUAAGAGUCACUGAUUGGACACGAUUAAGACGACAUCCUAGUCGUAGUCGUAGUUUGAGUCAUGCUAGUGUUUCAACUACUGCAAGCAGUUUAUUAAGUUGUAGUACAUUUGAAAGUGGUGCAACCGAUGCUUCAUUUUUAAAUGUUACAACAGAUGGUACUACUGGUUCAUCGUGUCAUUCAUCAUGUUCAUCAACAUGUGGUAUUCAACUACCUUCAGAAAUGGCAGCUAAAUUAAGUGCAGCAACAUUAAUUUCAGCAUUUUUAGCUGCAAGUCAUGAUUUCACUCAAGAUAAAACUCAAGAUUCAACUAUUUCAGAUCAUUUAGAACAACCAAUUAGAGCUCGUACACCAGAUCAAUGUUCAUCGUCUAAUAGAUCACGUUCCAACAGAUCAAUCUCACCUUCAUCACGAUGA